AUGGGACAAGAUGCAGAGUUUGCAAGUUAUGCGGCACGAUUUUUACAAAAGAAUGACGGCAUUAGAUGCACUCAGUGUGAAGAUCCGUACUAUGCUGGGGAUGAGUACCAGAGCUGCUCAGAAUGCCCAGCCAUCACCCAGUGUCAGCACCGAAGCUGCACAAGUGCUUACAGCACAUAUUGCACGGAAUGCUAUGAAAACAAUGCAAUAUUCAAGAAAUGGAAUGGAGAUAGUGAAUGUCAACGUAUGUGCGCGUGGAACAAUCACUAUUGCUGGCCCGGAACAUGCAGCACAACCGGACUGACCAAGGACUGUCAGUGUGCAAAUGGCUUUGUAAAAAGAUUAACUGUUGAUUACGAUGGAAUAAAUGCCGGAGAAACAACGUGCCAGCCAAACACACUUCCUGAAAUUUUGACAUGCGAUACUGUGGCAGUUGGACCUAACGCAGAAAAGAAACGAGCGAUGAGCACUAGGAAUUUAACGGCAUGUCAAUACCUAGAUGAUAUGUACGGCAACUUCCAACCGAAAAUUAUGGAGUUUCGAAUGUCGUCGGAGUUUUCAACAUAUAUUUCAAUUAGCAGACCAUCUUUCAUCGCAGAAGAAAAAUUUGGCAUCAGCGAUACAACAAUUACAUUAAAGGUCCAGGCAGUGACAGGUUCCUAUCAAGCAAAAUCCACCCAUACACAAUUGGUUGAUACAUCAUACAGCACAAGCGUGACAAAAGCACAACACGACUCGGGGCAUAUACCUGUCGAUCAGGCAAAGUAUAAUCUACAAAACGGAGAAGCACUUUGUUUGGAAUUUGAAGCAAAGGCGGGCGGCUACUUGAAAAGCAUAGAUACAAGAGCAAUGGCGCUUGUCCCAUCAGUACCUGUCCCGUACACGAAGGUCCCAAAACAAAGGACAGUGUGUUAUAGGUACGAUAAUGCAUCACCUGAACAUUGUUCUAAGAUGAGGUCAUGCUCCUCCGAACCGUUAACGCUUCAGAAGCGAGUUACACGAUCCACGUUGUCGAUAGUUCAAUUCAACGGUUGGGUGGAUCCAGUUCCAAGUGGAGGAGCAAGUAAAACAGCAUCGGCGAUUGAAAGUUACCAAAUAAAUGUCAACGAAGUACUUCCGUCAAACGGAUCUAUGAAAGUUGAUUACACAAAGAACAUUUAUACCAGAAAAGUUCUUUCAUCCGAUGUGCAUGAAAUGCAGCUGAAUCUAACAUCUAAUUCACCGCGAUUGUAUUGUAUAACACUAGAGGUCAAGGAUAUUGCAGAUAACGUUCGCCAAAGUAGAAGGUUUAUGUUGUACGAUAACACGAGCUUCAUUGGAACAUGGAAAGACAACCCCUUUCAAUUUGAUUCAGCAUCACCAAUGACAAACUUCACCUGGCAAACACAUCACAAUGAGAUCUGUCUGAAUUGGAAAAACUACUUCAUCAACAUGUUCUAUUUGCAAAAUAAACUUUUGAAUCCAAUAGAGUCCGAGCCCCAUGGUCUUAUUACGGGCCUAUAUGAGCAAACAACUGGCCUUCUCCCCGUUGGUGGUACACCGAAUGUGCAUGGGAUAUUAAAAUACUUCGUAUCAUGGAAACUCAACAAUGGCGCGUUUUCGGUAGAACAACUCGUACCCGACUUUCUGAACCAGCGGUUCUGUACCAAUUUGAAUGUUGUUGAUGGACAGACAUAUACAUUCAACAUUCGUCCAGUUGAUAUAGUCAACAACACUUUCAAUGAGUCUAGAACCGUUUACAUAGAUCGCUCGCCACCCCAUAUAAACAACAUUUGGUUAAAGAAAGACGGUUAUGAAAUGUUAUAUGUUCACAACAGCACCGAUUUGUCGAAGAUGCAGAUGACGUUUGACGCAUUGGACCCACAUAGCGGACUGCGUAACAUUAAUUGGGAGUUCGGAAUCAACGAUACGUAUACUGUGUUAACAAGUGGUUAUUUACCUGUAGGACAGAUUCAAAACGCAACUUGCCAUUCUAGAAAUGUAGAGUGCUAUUGUCCGGAUAUAGGAAAGUGUGAAAUUUUCAAUUACUCAAUCCCGCUGAAUAAGCUCGUUGAAGCAGAUAAGCAUACCGGGAACCACAACAGGAACUACUUCUUCACAAUUACGGUCACUAACAAUGCCUUGCUGAACACGACAGAGCACAUCGAUGUACUUGUUGACGAAUCCCCACCAGAAGAAGGAGUAAUUUAUGAAGGUCCUGUGGACUACAAAGAUAUAGACUACACAAGUGAGGAUUCCUUUGUUGUACACUGGCAUGGCUUUAUCGACCAUGAAAGUGGAAUCAAACUAUACAGGUUAGGGCUUGCCACCAGAUGCUUGACUAAAGAGGAACUGUACAACUUUACAGAAGUCACUGAGAUAAUGGUAUAUAAAGAGCUUACUGGGACAUCAGUGCGUCUUCCAGCAAAUUUCACAGGUAAACGAUUCUUGACCAUUAUUGCUCUUAACCAUGCCAUGGAAUCAUCAAAGCCUGUUUGUUCGGAUGGAAUCACACGAGAUAUCUCAGCUGCUCUUAUCCACAACUUAACACUUGAGCAUGCAGCAUGGACCGAAACCGUUAUCUGCAAAAAUGGACUACCGUAUUUAUUACAAUCGAACCUUCAAAAGGUCCCUCUGUACAAUAGCACAACCUGUUUAAGCAAAUGCAAUUUAAUAGCGGACACCACGUUAGCUGACUAUAUUCCUGCAACUCAUAUUUCGGGAAGCAAAGACCAUGAUAUUUCGGAUUUCAUUUGUCAAUUCCUACCUGUGUACACUAACGAAACGCUUGUCUAUUUGCCCAACGAUCAUAUCGUGCUAAAUUGGGAAGUGGAGGAAUCAGGGAGUCAAGUCGAUGACUUCUAUGUAGGGCUUGGUCUGGAUGCGACCGAAAAGGAUUCGCCAAGUUUGGUGGACUAUAUUUCUACCGAUAGAAAACCAUACUUCAAACAUCGACAUGAAGCAAUUGGAUCCGAUGAGCUGUUCUAUAUUUUCAUCAAAACAGUUAACAAAGCAGGAUUGUCCAACAUCGCAAUCCUGGGUCCUUUAUUGAUCGACCAAACACCACCACAGUAUAAAUAUAUUCCACGAGUGAAUAUCUCUGAAGAAUCUAUCCUGUUUGCCUGGGAAUCAGAUACAUUCUAUGAUGAUGAACAGACAGCCGAAAUAAACCAACUGGCAUUUCAAUUUGGUCAUGACGAAAGUGUUUCAAGUCCACUUAUUUCCUGGCGAUUAGACUCGGCGAUCCCUUGUACCUCUUAUACAGGACGCUGCUUUAUAUAUCCCCUAAAUCGUCUCCAGAAUCAAGACACGGGAGAUGGACUUAUGUUCUAUCUCAAUGUUCACAUAUACAACAAUGCCGGUCACUUUACGUCGAUCAGAACAAACACGUUCCGAUUGCCUUCUCGAUAUGCACCGGGAAAGGGAUACGUGUUGGAUUUGGAUCCAGAAAGGAUUGACAUUUCAACAGAUAUUGAUGUCCAUUUUACUGAACACAUGAUGUGUGCUGGUUGGAUAGGAUUUAAACAUCAUGAAAAUGUUUCUUUUGAAGUGGGAAUAGGAUUAGAUCGAACAAAAGCAGAUGUAGUUCCAUUCCAUCGUACGCCAGAAAUGAACAAAAUCUGCCUUAAUUCAAGUAAAAUUGUUAACGACAAAGUAUACGUUUUCAUUGUAAAAGCAACCUGUAGCGGAGGUACUACAAUAUCUGCGUCUAACGGAGUUCGAAUAUAUGAUGAACAUUCUCUGCAAAAAAAACUAGAAAUAAAAAUCGGCAAAGAUUGCUUCUCCACCUAUGUUUUUGACGUGAACGUUUCAACUGCAAACGACAGUGUGUUCAUCAAACUUCCAUUUAUAUUCAUUGUCGGACAGCGAUAUGUUUUGUUCGCCGAAAGCAGUGAAUGGCAAACUAUUCUGAGCAUGAAUACAAGUGACGCUCUUGUUCGACCCGACGGUAACAACUAUGUACUGAUCCCUUAUGCUGAGAAACUUACGCUGCAAGUAAAACAAAACAUCUCAAAUGAAGUUAUACUGCGUUUGAAAAUCAAUAAAUGCCCUGCAGAGAAUAUCCUUCCGAACAACAAUCAACUGACUGUUAGCUGGAUCUUUCGUAAUGCCGCAACGAUUGAGGAUCUUUUAUUUUCAGUUUCUUUACUAAAAUACAUGUAUGUCAAUGGCUCAGAUCUGGAAACUAUGUUUACACUAACUAGACCCCAUGUUGGUUCAUCUGACAUUACGUUCCAUAAUAUGAAUUUUGAAGAACAAACGCCGUAUAUGGCCAGCGUUCAGUUGUGCAACAAUGUAAGAUGUCUCAGUCCUAAUUACUCGAGGGCAUUUACAAUCGAACUUGAAGCUCCUGAUAUUUCCUUGAUAAAAACUGAACUUAAAGACGCAAAUUCUGGGGAGUGCGCUAAUAUUACAGCGUUAUGGGAAAUUAUCGGACAGAACGACAACAUUGCGUUCUACCAAUGGUCUGUAAGUCGUGACGAAACAGCUGGUCAGCUAUUGUCUGUUUGGGAGAAUGUGCUUCCCCAUGGCACACAUGUUAAGGUUGCGAAGUGCAUCCUUCUCCCUGCACACGGACAUUUGACAUCUUUCCUGUGCGUCCGGAUAUUUUCAGUGAGUGGUUUAGCAAAGACAUCUUGUAAGAAAAUGGAUAAAAUUGAGAGUGGGUCCUAUGCCAAAACUGCUGUGUACGACUUUGAUUCGUCAUCGGACAGUUGGGUCUUCAUCAAAAAGAUAUUGUCAAGUUCUGAAAUCGGUCAACACUAUGCCCUUCUUCACGAGUCAGAAAUGAAUAUAGGUAAUGCCAACUCGUCCGUGACCGGUGCUCUGAUGUAUGGCUCAGAACGUUCAGUUGCAUGGUACCUUAUGAAGUUGCAGUACGUGCCACUAACGUGUCAUUCCGACAUAAACUGCGCUGUAAAGUACGAAACAGACCAUGGAUACAUAGAAUUGGACAAAAAGUAUAUAGCAUUCAAUGAAUUAUAUUUCAUAUGCGCUUACUCAAAUUACACUGUGAUUAAACGUGAGUAUUCCACUGAAAUUCAAGAAGAAAUAUCGUCGUGCAGCAAUGGAUUUAUUUUGGACAAUUCUCCUCCCACGGAAGGUGAAGUGCAUGUUCAAAACCACAAAGGGUUUAUUACAAAUCCACAACACGUCAUUGUAACAUGGACUGGAUUUGAUGACAAUACUGAUGCCACCGUAUUUGGGUACCCACAGAAACUGCAUUAUUUCUCUAUUGGAACAGGCAAGAAAUCCGGUUCGAGCAAUAUUAUGGACAUAGUUGCAAAUGGAAUGGAAACAUCUGCAAUAUUUAAUCUGUCAACCCUGUCUGAUGGAAGUCAAAUUUUCUUCACAGUCAAUGCAACGGAUUAUGCCGGUUUGUCUACCAGCUCGGAGUCCUUGGAGUUGAUCAUAGAUACAUCACCCCCUUUGAGUGGCAGAGUUACGAUUUUAAACAACCUUCAGAGAAAUAUAUUUAUCAACCAAGAACUGGCAACUGUUCGUUUCGAAGGAUUUUCAGAUCCGCACAGUGGCUUGGACUAUUUCAAUGUUGGCAUUGGUACAAUCGAAGGGAUUACAGAUAUCAAGUCGGAAACUAAAGUUUCCAUCGACUUCUUUGAAUUGAAUUUAGCGCAAAUGAUUGAUGGUCAUCUUUAUUUCAUAAUUGUUCAGGCGAUCAAUCGAGCAGGGCUUGUUUCACAAACUGUAUCAAAAAGAUUUGUAUUGGACCGAACCGCUCCCACCGGAGGACACGUUCUCGAUGGGAUCAUAGGAUCUGCGGAGAUUGAUUACCAAAGUGACAUCUACGUUAUCAACGCAUAUUGGAAAGAUUUUUACGACCCAGAGAGUGGCUUAGCAUUCUUCAGAGUUGGUCUUGGAACCGAUCCAUAUCAGACCGAUGAACGACCACUGAAAGAUGUUGAAAUGAUGACAGAGGUUUCAUGGAAUGGCCCGUUUGUUCCUGGCCAAAAAUAUUUUGUGACCGUGGAAGCGUGUAACAAUGCAAACCUUUGCACCAGACGUGUAUCGGACGGCCUAAUUGUCGACAACUCACCUCCAAUACGCGGUCUUGUACAUGUUGGACCAGGAGAAGGUCAUGAUAAAUAUUUGGGACAUCGAUCAUCUAUUCGAAUAAAUUGGCAAGGUUUCGAAGAUCCGCAAUCAGAUAUAGAUCAUUUUGAAGUAUGUGUGUCAACCCCUAAGGGCGAUUGUGACGUUGUUGCGCUAUCAAAUCGACUGCUCCACUCUUCAAUUAUUAUCUCAAAUAUAAGGCUCCCGAUUAAUAUUUCACUUAUUGCAACAGUUUGGGCGUUGAAUGGAGUCGGCAUGAAUGCAUCAAAAUCGUCUGAUAUGUUCAUUAUUGAUGACACACCGCCAGUUGUAUUGAAAGCUCCGAAUUUCGUAUUAAAAUACAACUCUGCAAAUGGUAAACCUUUCCAAUGGGAAAAAUCCAUAUUACACCUCGAAUGGGAAUUUAAGGACGACAUCAGUCCUAUUGUUCGACAUGAGAUUUCUUUGAAAACGCAUCACGAAGGUCACACGCCUGUUGAGAGGCUUGUCUUAGGAUCGGAACGCCAUGUGACUGUCAGAUUAGAUGGAAAGAAUUGGCUAAAUGACGGUGACAAAUACUAUGCUAUUGUAACAUCGUGCAAUGCCGCCGGACUUUGCUCUUCUGAACAAACUAGUGAUCUUUUACUUGAUUCUACCCCACCGCACCUCGGUGGAUUUAAACAACCUUUGACGUGGACGAACAACAAUAAUGCACAUGGAAAUAAAUUCACAAAUCUAACCCUCACAUGGUACGGAUUCCACGACCAAGAGUCCGGAAUUGAAAACUACUACGUGACGGUCUCGCGUUCCUACAGUUUCAGUGAACUUUCAAAUGGAGUAAUUAUAAUUAAAAAUUCCAAUCAAAGCGAAAGCGUUCAUACUUCAUUCGUACUGACUGAAAGUAUGUCUCCUGGCGAAUCCAUUAUUCUUUCGAUAUGGGCGCAGAACAAUGUCGGGCUAAAUAGUUCGGUUGCAAGGGUUACUGUGAAUGUUUUAUCUGAGGCAUCUAGAAAUGAAAUGGGAAUUUUAGAAGUCGAAAAACAUUCAUGCGACAUACAUUUUUGUAACAAGGAUUGUACGUGCGCAGUUAUAGAUCGCCCUUGUGCAGAAGUAAACGCCAACGUAACGUGCAUUGCUAUCUCAAGCACAGAUACGCAGAAUCAAACUAUCCCAACAUAUGAUGUUUAUUGGGGACUACCGCAUGAAAUUCUUAAUUUUUCGGCUUCAUCAGCAUGCUUGAGUGGGCACUGGUCACGAACAAAUGAAGGAAGUACUUUCGAAAAUAUUCAUCGAUUUGAAUGGAGCCUCGGCGUACAUGGACACGCUGUUGGCGAAGGGGUGUACGAUCUGAAACUAGAAAACCCAUGGACUGAUGUUGGUCAAAGAUUAGAAUUUAUUUAUUGCCUACCAGUGAAUCGUUCAUUGGUUCAUGGGGAACGCUAUGUCAUAUAUGUGAGGGCUUGGUAUAGUAAAAAUACAUACACUGUUUUUAAAUCGUCUCCAAUCAGGAUAGACCAAUCACCACCAAAUGUUAGACGUGGUCGUUAUAUCAGAGAAGGUAAUUGUCUUCAAGAUUUGGACUUUAUUGACUGGACGGACAAAAUCAUGGCCUGUUGGAACGGGGUGUUUGAUGAACAGCAGAGCUUCAUUGAUCAUUUCAGCGUCAGCCUUGGGACAUCACCUCACAAUGAUGACAUACUUCAACAAAUUGAUGUCGGACUGUCAACGAACAUAAGUCUUCAUAACAUUUAUCUCAAUCCAGGCACGCGCUAUUUCUUUACAGUUAUUGCUGUUAAUAGUGUUGGACUACACACUGGCUUAGCAUCGGAUGGAUUCAUUAUUGAUACAGAUAAUCCAAUCGACGGGGUUGUGUUUAAUACAAUUGAACACAAGAGCUCAGCUUUCCAGAAAUCGACUGCAACCUUCGAACUGUCUUGGCACGGAUUCCAAGAUCAUUUCUCUGGCAUAAAGCAUUAUCUAGUUGCGUUUGCCAAAGACGCUGAAUCCAAUGAAUUAAAUAAUUUCUUUACAAAUGUUGGUUUAUCAAACACAUUUUCCUUCACAAAGUUGAACCUCGUUCACGGCGAGUCUUAUUUUGGAUUAGUGAAAGCUGUUGACGCAGCAGGUCAUGAAAGUGCAACUGUAAGAUCCCCCAAACAAACUGUCGAUACGACUCCACCAAAUGGUGUUUUCUGUGGAUCCACUAAAUCUAUUCAAAUUGAUGUUUCUCACACAGUUACUGAUGAAAGUCUGUUUCUGCGGUUCAACGCAAACCUCACAAAAGACAACAUGUAUGUUAUUCACGGAAAGAUUAAAAACGCUACGUAUGAGCUUUACUCAAUUCUCAAAAUGGACAAAUAUAGUUUGCCCUUGCAAUUACAGAAACGUCAUGAUGGAUGGUUCGGAUAUAAUUACAUGUUUUUAUCGUCGUUAGAAGGGUUGCAAACCAUAACAAUUGAAUUAGAAACAACGCUUGCCGAGCACAUAAUUCAGAUUGUUGAUUUUGAAGAGUGUAUACUGGUAGAAAAUAAUUCAGCUGCUAUUUCUGUUAACCAAAUAGGCCCCUAUUCGCUUACUGUGUCAUUGGGGAUACUGGAUUCGGAAAGCGAGUUAAAGACGGUGUCUAUUGGAGCCGGUACAACUGAAGGGGGUUUUCAGAUCAAAUCCUUGUUUGAGCUACACAAUCGCAAUAACUUCGCAGUAAUUACCGCGCCAUUUGUGCAUGGGACACCAAUAUAUAUAACUGUAAUAGCCGAGAACCACGCUAGCCUCACGUCGGUUUUCCAUUCUGGUAAAGCGCUAAUAAUAGAUCACACUCCUCCAAUCGUAAGCGAUAUUGGUGUUGCCGUUUCCGUUAUAACAGGUAAUUCUACAAAAAUGCUCACAACAUGGAAAGUACUAGAUGACGAAUCUGAUGUUCAAUUGUGCAGUUGUUCAAUUGGAUCUACAUCUCUGUCAGCUGAUAUACAGGAGGAAAGGGAUUCGGAUACAUCGCAGUAUUGUCAGUCAGACAUACUAAACCUUUCUCAUGGCGACAGAGUCUUUGUUACGGUCAAAUGUGUGAACAAGGUCGAAAUCACCACGACCUUAGUAUCGAGACCAGUGAUCAUCUACCUUGAACCGCCCAACAACUCGCAAGCCUUCGUUCGGUUUGUGCCAAGUAGUAAGGACUCUUUUUCAAUGACUGCUCCAUUGUCCGCCCAGUCUUCUGCGCAGUCUAAUGCAAGCAUAUUGCAGAUGGAAUGGAACAACUUCAAAGAUCCUUCAGAGAUAACAUCCUACAGGUAUCGUAUCCAAAGCAAUGGUGAUAUUGUUGUGGACUGGACUGAUGCUGGCCUAAAGGACAUGUGCUCCAAUGAGCAUCUAAAGUUGACAUCAGGCGAGACAUACACGGCAGAAAUUCAGGCAGUAAAUGGCGGAGGAUUCGCCAGUUCUGUUGUCAAGUCUUCGCUGAUUGUAGCUUCAGAACCACCGGCGCUCACAGGAUCCCAUCUAUCUGCUGUUUUCUCAAAUGGCAAAUUAACUCUCGAUUGGGAAAAUGUCUUCGACACAGUCACAGGAGUACCAACUCACUACAGCCUCGUUGUUGGGUCACGUGACGGAUUUUCUGAUAUCGCUGACGUAACCUACACACGUGACCACGUGUAUGACGUCAUCGUUCCAUCAUCAACGCUUGUUUUCUUCCAAUCUGACUGAGCUGUACAUAAAAGUGAGUUGUACAUACACCACGGGGAUGUUUACAACAUACAGUACAUCGCACAAACUGUGAAGUUAACAUGUUUGUUUGAAAUCGGCGAUAAGUGUUAUAAUCUUUCAAACUCUUUUUUUUGUUUCCAUUACCUUACAUGCAUUUAAUGUCUCGCAAAAAUCGUAAGGCUUAAAACCGUACAUAGAAACAUCAUCAAAUAUUACGUAAAUCAUUCUUCGUCAGAGAAACCCGCAAAUACAAAUGUUUGCUUUAUACUUUCAAUACUUUGUACAUGUGUAUACCCACGUUUUUUAGUAUGUAUUUUUCCAUAACAAAUAAUCGGAUUUUAAUAUUUGUCAUUCAAUCAAUAUAUUAUUUUAGUGUAUGUAUUGUGCUUUUUUACUAAUGGUCAAUAGCAAACAGUUGCAAGUAUCAUUUAAAGAUCAGUGUGUUUCAGAUAAUUUAAUAACCAGAAAUAAUAUAUAUUUAUAGGUAUUCGAAUACUUCAGUUGUAUUUUUCGCUUGGAUAUAUUCGCUACUCUAUAAUUCUGCUUGAUUGUGUAUAAAGAUAGCUUUUAAGUUUGCAAACGUACUAGAACCUGCAUGAAUGGGACCGGUUAAUAGAUUUACGAAUUCACAAACUUUAAAUAAAAAAGAACAAUUUUAACAAGGCAGCGAAAUAGACUACAUACAAAGAAAAAAUGCUUAUAGUAUAAUUCUGUGCAUGAAGCUUAGUUUUUGUUGUUCGAUUUUAAAAUUGUGGACAUUGUUCAAUUCCAUUACAAAAAGUAACAUCCGGUGAAAACGAACAUCAGUUAUGACGACUUUAUGGUCAACAGAUAAAAUGUAACCAAAUUAUUAUUAUUUAACCUACAUCAAUUCAUAGUUAUUUUUAUCUUUUCAGUUUUUAAAUAUCAAUAAACUGAUGCCUAAUUUU